AUGCCGGUCUUAACACUGUUUCUGACCUUAGCUAUUCUCCGUUUUGGAACUCCUCAAGCUUCCCAAGGUUGUAAAGAUGACGCAUCCGACUGUCUACCUACUGUCUGUGCCGCAUUCUCUAGCAGAUGCAAACUCACCUGCGGCCUUUGUGGAGUGACCACACCUCCGGCAACAGCAACCCAGACAACAUGCGCAGACUUGGCGAAUGACUGUUCACCAGCUUUGUGUGCAACGCAGUCUGCAAGAUGUCCGCUAACUUGCGGUCUCUGCGGAACAAACCAGAGGACGUGUGUGGAUCACGCGACUGAUUGCACAACCGCUUUGUGCGCAACAAUGAGUAAAAGAUGUCCACUCACUUGCGGCCAAUGCGGAACGACUGCUGCUCAACGGGUGGUGUUGGUAAAUAAGGGCACAUGUAAAGACAUGGCAAACAAUUGUUCGCCUAGUUUGUGUACUAGGUUUGGUCAAAGGUGUCCUGCCACUUGUGGACUUUGCUGA